UAUCCCUUCAUCCCUCAAUCAUCCAUUGUAGACCAACGCAAAGGCAUUGCAACCAUGGCUUCGGUGCAAAAUGGUCAGGUCGAACUCGGCGACUACCUCAUCGAGCGAUUGAUCCAGCUCGGCGUGAAGCAAGUGUUUGGCGUGCCUGGCGACUUCAACAUGCCAUUCCUUGAUCUUAUCCAGGACCACGCCGAUAUCGGCUAUAUUGGCUGUUGCAACGAGCUCAACGCGGGAUACGCCGCUGACGGAUAUGCUCGAGUCACGGGCAAGGUUGGAGCGGUAGUGACCACCUUCGGUGUCGGCGAGUUGAGCGCGACGAAUGCUAUCGCUGGUGCACAUUCAGAGCGUGUUCCUGUCGUCCACAUUGUGGGCGUACCUGCCACCACACUCCAGGCACAUCAAGCUAUCCUUCACCACACUCUAGGUGACUCUAAAUUUGACGCAUUUAUUCAUAUUGCCCAACAUAUCACUGGCUCGAAUGCCAUUAUUAUGAAGGCGGAGCACGCCGCCGAGCAAAUCGACAUGUGCUUAUCUACCAUGCUGCUCAAGGCUCGGCCGAGCUACAUCACCAUCCCGACCGAUCUUGUUCACGCAAAGAUAUCUGCAAAGCCCCUGAGCAACCUCUUGAAGCCGAUUGUCGAGCACCCAAGCAAGGAGGCAACUGAGAACUUCCUAGCGGAACGAAUUUGCGCAGGCUUCGAAAAUGCUGAGAGACCCGUUGUUCUGAUUGACGCCUGUACCCUUCGUUUCCAUGUUGUUGAAGCCGCUUUGCGCCUGAUCAACAAGACGGGCGUGACCUUCUUCACGAGUCCUAUGGGCAAGGCAGCCAUCUCUGAAACCCAUCCCAACUUUGGCGGCGUCUAUGUCGGUGACAUUUCUCUGCCAUCUGUCAGGGAGGCAUUUGAGUCUGCCGACUUCGUCCUUGCCAUCGGCACGAUGAAGAGCGACUUCAACUCCGGUUCCUUCACAUGGCGCAUGCCGGGAGAGAGGACUGUGGAGCUACAUUCCGACCAUGUUGUGUUCCAAUACGGCCGCUUCGAGGGCGUGACAUUCCAGACGAUUCUGCCUCUGCUGGUUGAGAAGGUUCAUCCUUUGAAGCCAUCGCAGCGCAUUCCCCACGACCCGUUCCCCAAUCUGCUCACAGCGCCGUUGAAAGGUAAGAUAACGCAAGAGGGCUUGUGGCCACUGGUCUCGACAGCAUUCAAGGAUAACGAUGUGAUUAUUGGCGAGACCGGAACUUCUGCGUUUGGCGUUUUGGAGACGAGGAUGCCAGCUGGUGCCAUCUUUGGUGCUCAAAUUCUCUGGGGCUCCAUUGGAUGGGCUGGAGGUGCGGUACUUGGUGCUGCUGUAGCUGCGGAAGAAUCCCCGGUGCCGCGGCGGACCAUCCUGUUCACAGGUGAUGGUAGCUGGCAGCUUACCGUCCAAGAGCUGUCGACGAUGGCUCGGAUUAAUGUCAAGCCGAUUAUCUUCGUGCUGAACAACGACGGGUACACGAUCGAAAGGUUUAUCCACGGCCCAAAUAGGACAUAUAACGAUAUUCAACCGUGGAAGUGGACUCAGUUGCUGAGUGUAUUCGGUGCUGCUGAGGGUUCCUACGCAACGUACCAGGUCAAGACGUUUGAAGAGCUGUCCGCGCUUCUAAAGGACCCCAAGUUCGCGGCAGCCGAAAAGCUGCAGAUCGUGGAGCUGUUCAUUGGGAAGAUGGAUGCGCCUCGCGCUCUCAGGUUACAGGCCGAAGCUACGGCCAAGGUGAAUGCGUAAGAAGAAUAUAGACGCGAUGUGAUUGGUACGGCGCGUGAGAGAUGGUGAAGAGUGAAAGAUGAGGUCUUGUGCGAUGAUGCAGGCUAUCCUAGCGGACGGGAGAAUUUGUGGGUUCCUUGUAGAACACUGAACAACAUAUAAGUCAAGCAAGCUGAUUAGGUAGUAUUUUACUGCCUAAGGACAAGAAUGAAUCGAACUGUGUCGUGCGAAAAUGCUGGCAAAAAUAUAUA